AUGAGUGGUUUUAGAGGUAACGGAUAUGGUUAUGGAUAUAACUAUAGAGACCCAUACUACUCCAGAGGACGCGGGAGAGGUGGAUCUUACCCGUACAAGCGGCCCUACAACGAUGACGAUGCUCCAUACGAGUCGAACACAUAUCCUGAGCCGGCAAACGAAGACUAUCGCGGAGACUAUCCACGUCGAGGCGGGCCGUAUAGGGGAUCACACAGACCCCGGGGGCGCGGCAGGGGAAGUUAUCGCGGCGGAUAUAACGAGAAUCAUCACGACCAGCAAUAUGACCACUAUGAAGAACGUGAUGGUGAGUCGCGGCCUAGAAGCAGCGUGUCGCAUUCCAUGAAUGGAUCAGGGUCGUCCAGAGAGAACAGCGAAUUUUUACAUUCCAAGCCGAGCUCGCGAAACGGGGAUAGAAGCGAAUACGAUCGAAAACAGCAGGACUCUUUCGGUACCGAAACAGACCUUACAAGCUCAAACGAAAAUCACUGGGUGAUACGGCUCAGAGUUUCGGGUGAAACAAAGGCAUCGCUGAGCAAAUCUUUUGACGAGCUGGACAAAAUCAAUAAAGUGCUAGCAGAGUCGGCUAUAAAACGUCUUCAUCUGGAGAUGGAUGUGGAAAGGUACUCCAGGGCGGGCAGAAGCGAGGACGUACGGUGUAGAUUAGCAGAAGAGAAGUUGGAGGCGCUUAACUUCAUCUGA